GUUACUGAGGAUGCGCAGAGCGCCCGCGCAGGCUCAGUAAGAGCCAGGUGCUGCGCGUGGGGAGGGAGGAUGGGGCCGGUGCGCGUGCUGGAGCUGUACAGCGGCAUCGGUGGGAUGCACCAGGCGCUGAGAGGUGCCUGCCUGUUAAAGUUCCCGGAACACUAGGAGGUGGAAAAUGAAGGAACAUAGUUUUAAAGAAGAGCUUUUUAGACAUUGUUUGUGGUUUAUAAAUACAGUUAAUAUGAAAGCUUUCAGUAAGGAUUUUAGAAUGCACCUGGAGGAGCUUGCCAGCAGAAUAAAAUGAGACAAUAGAAUUCUCAGCACCAUCUGGUAUUGAGGCAUUAUGGGAGUUUCCUCCAAAUGUUUGGGAAGAAAAGAGAUCCUGCAUUCACCAGUGGUGUGUGGUAUAGUCAGCAGGAUUCAUGAGAAAUGAAGAAAAGCUGUAUAUCUGCAGAAGUCGUUGCUGCUGUUGAUGUGAACACUGUUGCUAACGAAGUGUACAAACACAACUUUCCCAGCACGCCAUUGUGGGCAAAGACAAUUGAGGGCAUAACACUGGCGGAGUUAAACAGAUUAUCUUUUGAUAUGAUUUUGAUGAGUCCUCCAUGUCAGCCAUUUACAAGAAUUGGCCUGCAAGGUGAUGUAUCUGAUCCAAGGACAAACAGUUUUCUUUACAUCCUUGAUAUUCUCCCAAGGCUCCAGAGGCUGCCAAAAUAUAUACUUUUAGAAAAUGUGAAAGGAUUUGAAACGUCUUCUGCCAGAGACAAACUUGUAGAAACACUAAAGAAGUGUGGAUUUAAAUACCAAGAAUUUCUCUUGUCUCCAACAUACCUUGGCAUUCCCAAUUCCAGGCUGCGAUAUUUUCUGAUUGCAAAGCUUCAGUCAGAGUUACUUUCCUUUCAAGCUCCUGGUCAGAUAUUGGAAAAUUUCCCAGAUCAGGAGCCAAAAGCUUCAGUGAAGCACAGAGUUGCUGCAGGCUUGGAAAAAGAGAGCUCCUUCACGUCACCCGAAGAGGAGCACAUUGAGCCAAACUCUGGUUCUGAUGCUGGCAGCGGACAGUGUUCGCAGAAGGAAGCGUUCGUUUUUAAACUUGAAACAGCGAAAGAAAUGGAAAGAAAGCGGAACCAGGACAGUGAUCUCUCUAUUCAAAUGCUAAAAGACUUCCUUGAAGAGGAUGGAGAAGAAAUGAGUCAGUACUUCUUGCCACCAAAGGCCUUACUGCGCUAUGCUUUCCUGUUAGACAUUGUGACACCCAGCUGCAGGAGAUCCACUUGCUUCACAAAAGGGUAUGGUCACUAUGUAGAAGGAACGGGCUCAGUGCUGCAGACAGCAGAGGAUGUGCAGCUAGAAUCAGUGUUUAAAUCCAUUGAGAUGCUAUCAGAAGAAGAGAAGCUUAUGAAAUUGUCAACACUAAAACUAAGAUAUUUUACUCCUAGAGAAAUAGAAAAUCUCCAUGGAUUCCCUCCAGAAUUUGGCUUUCCUGACAAGAUAACAAUGAAGCAACGCUACCGUCUCCUGGGAAACAGUCUCAAUGUACAUGUAGUGGCUAAACUGAUCUCACUUCUGACUGGAUGAUUCUGAACCCAAACUUGAUGAGUGAUCUCUGAUAUAGGUCCUGCUAACUCAGCAUAUACUUUCCUUCUUUGAGAAACUUAGUAAAGGUUGUAGCAGUUUCACAAAAAUCAUCACUGACAUUUAAAUGUCCAUGCAAAGUAUCUAUCUGGAAUAGAUUUAUUCUGCUGAACAACUGGUAUAUCUUGAAUACCUUUUGUUUAUGGAGGAUCUGAACUGUUGGAGCAAACAGUUACACUGUUAAAAUGGAAGUUGCCAAUACUUGUACUAUUUAAUUUUUAUUUCUAGCUUGUAAAAUACGAACUGCAGCAUUUGCCAAUGAAAACAGGUAAAACUGUCACUUCAACUUAAAACAAGUUUGUCUAGAAGCUGUCGUUUAGAAUAAAAAAUAUGUGACAGGCAGUUAUUUUAAUAAAGUUCAGGUAAUGUGUUCUA